GGAGGCUGCAUCCGACUCGGUCACAAGGAAAAUGGAUUCAGUUUGCAUCUUUCCCUCCUUUCAGCAGCUUCUCCGGGUCUCAGCAUGGGCUUCCAGGGCAGCGGCUGAGGAGACCUUACCAAGGAGCACCACGCAGUAGAUACUGAGACAUUGCACCCACGAUAAGAAGCAGUAACAUGGCAGCACCUGUUUGAGAGGCAUUCAAAAACAAGACUCCCUUCAGAAAGGAACAAUGUCCAAGAAAGGGCGAAAUAAGGGCGAGAAGCCCGAAGCACUCAUCGUCGCCCUUCAAGCUGCCAAUGAAGACCUCAGGACCAAGCUCACAGACAUCCAGAUAGAGCUGCAUCAAGAGAAGUCCAAGGUGUCUAAGCUUGAAAGAGAGAAGACUCAAGAAGCAAAGAGGAUUCGUGAGCUGGAGCAGCGCAAGCACACCGUCCUGGUGACAGAACUCAAAGCCAAGCUCCAUGAGGAGAAGAUGAAGGAGCUGCAGGCCGUGAGGGAGAAUCUCAUCAAACAGCACGAGCAAGAAAUGUCAAGGACGGUGAAGCUGCGGGAUGGAGAGAUCCAGAGGCUCAAGUCGGCUCUGUGUGCUCUCCGGGACGGCAGCAGUGACAAAGUAAGGACAGCGCUCACCAUUGAGGCCCGGGAGGAGGCCCGGAAACUGUUUGAUGCAGAGCGCCUUAAGCUCUUACAGGAAAUUGCGGACCUGAAAACUGCCAAGAAGCAGGUGGACGAGGCUCUCAGCAAUAUGAUCCAAGCGGAUAAAAUCAAGGCUGGGGACCUUAGGAGUGAGCAUCAGUCCCACCAGGAAGCCAUCUCGAAGAUCAAGUGGGAGUCAGAACGGGAUAUUCGGAGGCUGAUGGAUGAGAUUAAAGCCAAGGACAGGAUCAUCUUCUCCCUGGAAAAGGAACUGGAGACCCAAACUGGCUACGUCCAGAAACUGCAGCUGCAGAAAGAGGCGUUGGACGAACAGCUCUUUCUGGUCAAGGAGGCCGAGUGUAACAUGAGCAGUCCGAAACGAGAGAUUCCGGGAAGAGCGGGAGACGGCUCCGAGCACUGCGGCAGUCCUGAUUUGAGAAGAAAUCAGAAGAGAAUAGCGGAAUUGAAUGCCACUAUAAGAAAAUUAGAAGACAGGAACACCCUGCUUGGAGAUGAACGAAACGAACUGCUAAAACGGGUGCGGGAAACCGAGAAACAAUGUAAACCUCUUCUGGAAAGGAACAAGUGCCUCACCAAGAGGAACGAUGAGCUGAUGGUGUCUUUGCAGCGCAUGGAAGAGAAGCUAAAAGCCGUUACCAAGGAAAAUUCGGAAAUGAGAGAAAAAAUAACAUCCCACCCACCCUUAAAGAAAUUAAAAUCUCUGAAUGACCUCGAUCAAGCUAAUGAAGAACAAGAGACAGAGUUUUUAAAACUUCAAGUCAUUGAGCAGCAGAACAUUAUUGAUGAGCUCACAAGGGACCGAGAAAAGCUCAUCCGUAGGAGAAAACACAGAAGAAGUUCCAAGCCAAUUAAGAGGCCUGUUUUGGACCCAUUCAUUGGUUAUGAUGAGGACUCCAUGGAUUCAGAGACAUCAUCCAUGGCCUCAUUUAGAACAGACCGAACACCAGCUACUCCUGAUGAUGACUUGGACGAAAGUUUAGCAGCUGAAGAAUCGGAGCUACGAUUUCGACAAUUAACAAAAGAAUAUCAGGCCCUCCAAAGAGCAUAUGCCCUCCUGCAGGAGCAGACUGGAGGUAUCAUCGAUGCUGAAAGGGAAGCCAAGGCUCAAGAACAGCUCCAAGCAGAGGUGCUAAGGUAUAAAGCCAAAAUUGAAGAUCUGGAAGCGACCCUGGCUCAGAAAGGGCAGAUAGAAAAACAGGAGGCAGAAAAUCACCGGUUACAACAGGAACUACAGGAUGCCCGAGACCAGAAUGAGCUGCUGGAGUUUCGAAACCUAGAGCUAGAAGAAAGAGAGAGACGAUCCCCUCCAUUUAAUCUACAAAUUCACCCAUUCUCUGAUGGUGUGAGUGCUCUACAGAUCUACUGUAUGAAAGAAGGUGUCAAGGAUGUGAACAUCCCUGAUCUCAUAAAGCAGCUUGAUAUCCUGGGUGAUAAUGGGAACUUAAGAAAUGAAGAACAAGUGGCCAUAAUUCAGGCCAGCACUGUGCUGUCCCUGGCAGAAAAGUGGAUCCAGCAAAUUGAAGGAGCUGAGGCUGCCCUACACCAGAAAAUGAUGGAAUUGGAAAGUGACAUGGAACAAUUCUGCAAAAUAAAAGGCUAUCUAGAGGAAGAACUAGACUACAGAAAACAAGCUCUCGACCAAGCAUAUAUGAGGAUCCAGGAACUAGAAGCUACUUUGUACAAUGCUCUGCAGCAAGAAACUGUUAUCAAGUUUGGUGAACUGUUAAGUGAAAAACAGCAAGAGGAGCUGAGGACAGCAGUAGAAAAGUUACGGCGGCAGAUGCUGAGGAAGAGCAGAGAGUAUGACUGUCAGAUUCUUCAGGAGAGAAUGGAGCUCUUACAGCAAGCCCAUCAGAGAAUUCGUGACUUAGAAGAUAAAACAGACAUCCAGAAACGACAGAUAAAGGAUUUAGAAGAAAAGUUUCUGUUUCUAUUCUUGUUCUUCUCUCUUGCCUUUAUUCUAUGGCCUUGAUGUCAAGGUGCCUCUUAAAGAGUAACCGAAAACACGGAUAAGACCCCAGAAAGGCAAACGCUUCUAGACCUUCAAAGAUGGCAGAAAUGUUUACAACAGUGAGAGGGAGAUCAAAACUAAGAACUACCCUGUAGCCAGGACUACAGCUGUGUAUUUUAAAGCCAUUAUUCAAGGUUUCUUACUUGACAGUUCCCACAUGACCCUGUUGAAAAUCUACAAUAUAUGCUGCAUUUAAUGAAACAUGUAUAUGUCAAACCAGAAGAAAAGAACUAUAGACGUAUAUUGUGUAAAGAAAAAGUUCAGCAAUGGAAACAGUUUCAGCAGAUCAAGGAAAGAUGUGUCUUGGGCAUGGAACCAAAGUUACAAAGAAACAUUCUCCCCCUGCUGUGCAGGGGGAUCAUUUUAAUGUAACACCACACCCCAUGGAAACAGGAGUCCUGAAAUAAACAUUUUCAAAAGUCAAAACAAACGAAAAAACAAGGGUGGGUGGGGAAUGAAGCACGAGGAAUACCCAUGAGGAGCUAUUUACAAUAAAAUGUUUCAUUUGAAAAGUCUGGUUUCUUACUACAGGGAUUUGCUUUUUGUCUUUAUUGUUGUUUAAAACUCAGGAACAGAGAUGUCUGCGAUGUGAAUGGGAAGGAAAGCAGCCUCCCGUUUGUUUUCCUGCAAGAGGUGGGGUUUGUGGGAUGCAUUCCACGGAUGACAGAGGAGAAGCGGAUCACAGUGACCCCCGAUGAAACCGGCAACAAGGCGGAGGACCUAGGCGAAUGUAACAUAAGAAAUAAAAGCAGAUGUGAUGCUGCCUUGGCCUUCUGUCACAUCUGUCUUCCUCCACGAACAGACUGAUCUCAGUCCUACUGAAAAUUAAGAAGAUGAUGCUCUAAAUCACAAGCUCCCUGACUUGGUUCUGUUUAGAAUGCUAACAUCUCUAGGGAACGUGGGCCCGAGAGCAUCUCUGAAUCCGUUUCCAAAAUACUGGUUUUCAAAUGGCUGCUUAAAAUUGCCUGCAAAUAAAUAUGUUAUAUGAUUUGAAUAAAAACACAAUAGAGGUGAAAAGUAAACUUCUACCAACAGUUGAGUUUGCCACAGAGAUGUGAAUAUUCAACACAAUUAUGAUUUUUUAAAGUAUCCUGAUAUGCCCAGAGCAUUCUGACCUCUUGUCGUUUAGACUGAUAACAUUUUUUUCCCCAGAAGAAAAUGUGACAUUUUGACAGCAAAAAAAUAGCUCUACUUUUUUUAUAUAGAAGUAACAUACAUUACCAAUAAGGUCGUUUUCUACCAGAGACGAGUAGAAGACUGGUACUUUUCCUAAGUUAUGUAAUACUGAGUCUUGGAUUCAGCUCUGAGAGCCAGGUAAUGUUCCUGAAAAGCAAAUUUUACACCUCAUUUACUGUAGAUAACAAAACAGCCUCAAUUUUUCAAACUGUCAAGGUUUUAUUUACAGGGCUAGAUUUCCCAUGCAUAAAGAAUGUGUGUAGGGAGCCAGAAACUCCUACAAAAUGCUACGCAAAUCCUUCCAUACGUGAGUUCCAUAUCUUAUUGUUUGGUUUUUAGCACUGGCAUUUUCCAAGCCAGAGCAGGAACUGAAGAAUAGGCAAGGAAACCUAGAAUGCUGGGGUCUCACGUUUUGUCCUCUUUACUGCUGACCCUUGUGUCUUUGGCCCAGUCACUUAACCUCUCUGUGCCUCAGUCUCCUCAUCUGCAAAAUGAGGUUAAAUGCUUUUUCAUAAAGGUUUUUUGUUUGUUUGCUUUUGCAAUUCUGGAACAAGAGGUGCUUAAAGUAGCACAAAGUGCUUUGUAAAAUGAUGACUGCUAUAUUAUUCAACUUUCUUGUAUUGUCGAGAAAGAGUCCCCCAUGUGAUAAAAUAGUGCUUCAGUUUGGUUAAAUCUCAGCACCGCAGCACUGAAGCUUUUCCAUCGAACUACCUGGGAUAUUGCUAGCAAUAAGGGUUGGGAGAUCCAGAGCCGGGAUCUCUAAUAACCUAUAGUAAAUAUAUCAUCUCAUGCUUUUGAACAAGACAGAAGAACGUCAUUUCACUGAUAAGCAUCUCCUAGCUCUCCUUACUGCACAUGCAUGCCAUGAUAUGAAACAACACUUAUAUUGUAGGAGAGCCAACUCUGAAAUUAAGGUGUGAAGUCUACGCAUAGUAUCACAUAAUUAGUCUCAUCACCCCUUUCAUUUCGGGGAGAUGGACAGUAAUGGGUCCUACUGGAAAUAUACAGAA